UAAUAAAAACUUAACCUUUCUUGUUCGCUUGUUGCAAAUAUCACAUAUGGAUAAUAUGCUAGAUAUAUCCGACGUUGAAGAAUUUCAAUAUGACCAAGUAGACCCUGAAUUCGAACAAGAAUCAGAAGCAGAGUCAUUGGUGGAUGAAUCGAUUGAUGAAGAAGAGAAAAUCCCGGAAACUGCAUGUUUUACAUCCUGGUUUCACGUAAAAACUAUAAUUCAUUUCAACAUACCUGUAGAAUAUCUAUCUAACUCACCAGAAGGUGUUGCAACAAUAUUUCAUAUUGCAGAUUGGGCUAAUCCAAACCAUAUCCAAUAUUCUAUGGAAGGUAGUGAAGUUCAUUUGGUUAAAAAGUCAUUAUAUUUUGGCAAUAUUCAAGUUUAUAAAGAAGAAUAUGAUUAUAUAAGAAUUAAAAUUUGCCAAUUUAUCGAUCUUUCACUUACAAGUAUUGAGCAUAAUAAUGUCAAUGUUGAAUCAUCAUUAUGGAAAAAAAUUACAGAAAAUCAUAAUCAAGAUAUUGAUUUUAAAAAAACAAAUACUUACAU